AAUUUGACUAAGUUGGUUUGGAUCUAGACUUGUCACAAGACUCUUUUUAUUAAGUCCUGUGGCUCUCCCUUCCCUAUGUCUCAAUCGAAAACAAACCAAACCCAAAGUCUUGAACCAGAACUUCCCCCAUAACCCACCUUCAGAUGUUUCAGCCUUUUAUCUGCGGCGGCACUGUCAAUCAUCAAGAAGAAGAUGAUGAUGAUCAGUUUUGGAGCAGCCCGAAUUCUACACCAAGAAAAUCAAGAAGAAACGGUUUUUGUAAGAACAAUCACAAGGAUAACAAGAACCCUUACUCGAACCGUGGCCUUGACAAGUUUUCUGCACUCUUAGCUGAACUUGAAGAGAAGAGGCAAAAGAUCUACUCACAGACAGGUUCACAAGACAUAUCGUUUGUUCGAUUUACGUACAAGAACUCGGCAGAUUGUGUCCCGAUUGUGGUAAAGCUCAAGGACAAAAGAGAAGAAGAGAAAAUAAUGAAACCUGUUGAUGCCAAGGGUCAGCCUGGAACGAAUAUGGACUCAGAAGUCUUGGAUAAGCAUCCAAUCGAAACCUUAGAUGAAGGGAAAGAAGUAAUCAAGAAGAUAUCAAGAUUGCAAGCGGUUAGUGAAAAGACUGAGAAGAAGAAGAAGAAUAAAAAGAGCUCUUCAUGGAAUAUGGAGUUGCAAAAGUGGAGACGGCCUUCUUAUUAUUUACCAGCAUUUGUAGUCUUGAUUUUGUUGCUGUUGGUGUUUUUCGGAAGAUCAGUUACAAUAUUAUUUACUUGUAUUGGGUGGUACAUAGUUCCUACAAUUCAAGGAGAGAGUUCCAGCAAUGUUAGAAGAUCAUUGAAGAAGAAAGGUUAUGGCACAAAGUCGAGUGCAAACAAGUUGGUAAGUGAAGGAUUUUCUCCUCCAAAGAGUAACAAAUCAUCUCCGGUACGUGAUCACCAUCGGAAAAGCUGAUCAAGAAGAUUAUCUGAUCUUCUUCUUCUUCUUCUUGCUUUUUAAUUCUUUUGAUUUUUCUUUUUGAUCUUGUGUCAUUAAAUGUAAAUUCCAUUUCUUGUUGUUGUGUUUCGGGGUUGGCUUGAAGAAUUCAGAAUUCAAUCGGUCUUGGACCUGUUCUACAGUGUAAAUUCUUGUUUAUAAAGUUGAACUAGUAUUAGAGAGAAAUUCUAAUUCA